GGUAAGCACUUUGACCCAACCCAGCAAAAAAAAAGCACUUCGUAAAUUAAAACCCCAUCCCAAAGGAGAAGAAUCCACAUCCCGCAAAUGAGAUAAACCACCGGGAAAUUUCUUGAGAAAGAUGCUCCUCGGCAUUCUGGAAUCUUCCGGCAGCUCAGAGAAGCAGACGCGAUCGGAAGGAGGGAAGCACGCGGUUUCAGCCGAACUGAAGAGGUCAGAACAAGAGGCCCGUUUCUUGGAGGAGGAAUUGGAACAGCUGGUCAAGUCGGGAAAUGCCUCAGCUGCUUGUAAAGAACUUUUGCUUAACAUGGAAACAAGACCAGAUCCACUACUCCCACUAACGAAUGGCCCGACAAGUCCUUCUUGGGAUCUAUGGUUUGAAGGGGUACCCGACAAAUCUUUUUGUGGGUGCUGCAUAGUUUGAUUUCCAUUGGCUUUUUUCCCUGAAGAAAUGUCAUCAUCUGUUGGAGGGUGGCUUUAAAGUUCCCGUCUUUAGACUUUUUUUUGGGGAGAAAUUAGACUCUAAAUUGUACAACAGAAGGAUGUAAGUGGGAGCAAAUCCCAAAAUGUGCAGGAAAUGUUUCUCAUUUUUUGUUAGCGUGGAAAGCAGAACAUCACAAUGAUUCGAGACUUUGUUUUUUCUCACGUUGUCAGUUGUUAUGAGGUCACCCAAUCAGAUAGCUCACAUGUUGGCUCGAGCGUGACUUUGUGUCUGAUCGCUUGGAGUGAGUUUUUUCCCUUCCAUCAUUUAUGUAUGAGACUUUGUGCUCCGAUUUGAAUUAAUAUAUUUCUCAUGCAUUU